AAGAUAUUGAAUGCAUUGAAAAUAAGUGCCAAUCAUUGCGGAGAAUAUUCCUGAGAAGCGACUAUAAAAUGAUUAAUUUGUCGCUAAUAUAAUAGUAUUACUUUUUGAUGCCAUAAUAGCUUACAAGACAUGUAUUAUUCUUUGUUAUACACGCUAUUCAUGUGUUUGUGGUGUUUGUGUCCGAUCGUGUGGGCACAACAUGGAUCACCACCAUUAGAUCAAAACGCUGUACACUCUGUGCCAUUAGACUACCAGCCCAUUGACGCCUAUCCCAACCAUAAUUCUCGUGCCAAACGCUCAUCUGAUCCCCGACCCAAACGGUUGCCAUCGGGUGAUGGCUAUCACCAAACUCCUGAUCCAAUGAUCGUCGACUUCCAGACAGAACUUUAUCGACAAAACAAGUCGACGAGUGUUGAGUGCCAUUGGGCUGCCGUUUGGAAAUGUGGCCAUCGAUUCAUAAGAGCCCACAAAUUCCUAGACUUAAUCGGGAGUCGAGAUUCAUUUGAUCCCAAAUGUGCCCUCAGAUCAGCAUUCUUCGUAUGUCUGAAGACCUCGAAAGCUAAGUACUGUCACAAACAUACACAACAAAGCCAUACGAAAAAGUUUCGCAAACGACUGGCCGAUACCCUGUGGUCCACCCGCGCCUGUCUUGUCGGCAACAAAAACAGCGUUAUUUCCUAUUGAAUGAAUGGGACAGCCUUUCUUCACUACACUUCAUAAGCCAUACUAUAAUUUCCAAUCCAUUCCAUUAGUACCAUUCCAUAGUCCGAAACGGCUGGUGACACACGAUCUGGGAAACAGUAGGGGCACAGUAUUGUGAGAGAAAUUGCCUAAGAUACUGAUUGUGCCAAAGUUCAAACUAAAUUCAACCUAUAUGUGCCCUAAAUGUCUGUCCCAAUGUAUAAUUGAUACUUAAUUAUCGGUAUUUUUAUAUAUUAUAUGUUUUAAAUUUCUAGUUACUAUUAUUAUAACACUAUAAAACCUCACUAUAUUUACAGCUAUUGUAUAAUCAAUUUAAUCACUGAUUAAUAUUUGCAAUUUCGACAUUUAUUUGCAAUAAAAUUGUUUCAACUGUUUUGCAAC